UAAGAAGUGAGGAGAAAGAGAGAAGGAAGGAAGGCAAGAAGGAAGGAAGGAAGAGGCAGCCGGGCCCAUUCCUUCGCCCCCUCCCCGCUUUGUACAUGUCUCUUUCCUCUCUUUGGGGCUCCUCCGCAAUCCCGACUCAAUGCAGUUUUUGCCCCACUCCCCGCUUUUCCAGCCGGGAAGGCGCUCCCUUCUCUCGCAUGGCGGGCAUGUUUUGCCCCCCGUUUAAUCCCGCGCCGACGCCGACACCGAACCGCCAACGAACAACAAACUCCGCCUCACUUUUCCCCCAAGUCCUGGACUGAGGAAGAACCUCUAUCUAUACAUAUAUGUAUAUAUGACUUUUGUUUCGUUUGCCCCCUCCUCUUUGGCGCUUGUUUCUUGGAGGGCGUUUGGUUGUUGCUUUUGUUGCACCUCUAUAUCUGAACUCCUUUUUUGAGUAACUCUCCGAACUCUCUUUUAAGGGCAGCCCUGAACUCCCCGGUUGUUGCUGUUGUUGGGGGUUAGUAGCAGGGUCGACAUUUGGACUCCUUUUGGAGAGUUUUUACAUUAUUCUUAUUCUUAUUUGGCGGUGCCCUUGAAAGCGCUGAGAGAGAGACUUGGGGGAGAGAGGAGUGGGCGUGCUGCCGGGGCAGAGAAGAAGAGCCCGCUGCUUCUAGCAGACGGAGAGCAAGCAAGCAAGGAAGGAAGGGGGCAAAGGAAGGGAAGGAGGAGAAAGCGACUUGAGGAGGGGAGAGUAAAAGCCUGACCCGAAAGGGAACGGCGUGGAGCUACUACAACUCCUCCUCCUCCGACUUGGAGCGUGCCUUAAGUUUACGGAGGGCCGGGACGGAGCCUCGGGGGAAGUUGGCUCUGGGCUGCCAAGCUGGGUCCGGCGUGAGCCCCCUCGCCCCCGUCCCUCCUCCUCCUCCUCCGCCGAGAUGGUUCAGCAGACGAGCAACGCGGAGAACAACGCGGAGGCGCUGCUGGCCGGCGAGAGCUCGGACUCCGGGGCCAGCCUGGAGCUGGGCAUCGCCUGCUCGCCCACGCCGGGCUCGACGGCUUCGACGGGGGGCAAGGCGGACGACCCGAGCUGGUGCAAGACCCCCAGCGGCCACAUCAAGCGCCCCAUGAACGCCUUCAUGGUCUGGUCGCAGAUCGAGCGGCGCAAGAUCAUGGAGCAGUCGCCCGACAUGCACAACGCCGAGAUCUCCAAGCGCCUGGGCAAGCGCUGGAAGCUGCUCAAGGACGGCGACAAGAUCCCCUUCAUCCGGGAGGCGGAGCGGCUGCGCCUCAAGCACAUGGCCGACUACCCGGACUACAAGUACCGGCCCAGGAAGAAGGUCAAGUCCGGCGGCGGCGGCGGCGGAGGGGGCAGCACCGGCCUCAACAACAGCAGCAGCAGCCCUAACGCCUCCUCCAAGGCUGGAGAGAAGAGCAGCGGAGGGACUUCAUCCCCGAGCAACUCUUCCAAACUCAGCCAGAAAAAGGGGAGCGGGGCCAAAGCGUCGCCCAAGUUGAGCCCAGGAGGCAAAGGCUCCCCCGCUCCUCCUCCCCAGCCGCCUUUCCCUUCCUCGGAGUCGCAGGCGCCCCCUCUGCUGCCCCCGGAGCACCACUCACUGUACCGGCCCCCCGACAAAGCGCUGCUCCCGGAGAAGAAGGCCAAGCGGGCCGCCGGGGUCUUCGCCUCGGUGCCCUCCAGCCCCACCUUGAGCACCUCCACGGACACCAGCGACGACCCCAUGAGCCUCUACGAGGAAGGCCAGGGCCAGCACCGGGAGGGCGGGCUGGGGGUCGGGGUCGGCCUGGGCGGCAUACGGGACCCCGCGGCUUCCCCUCCUCCUGCUUUGGGGGGCUGCUCCCCCUCGGACCACGGCAGCUACACCAGCCUCCGGGCCCCUUCCUCGCCGGCCCCUUCCACCUCCCGCUCUUCCUCCUCCUCCUCCUCGGUCUCUUCCUCCUCCUCGGACGACGACGAGCUGGAGGACGACCUGUUGGACCUCCACCCGAGCCCCGGUUUCGAGGGCAGCAUGGCCUUUGGGCCCGGCCUGAGCUCCUCCUCGGUGCUCGACAGGGACCUGGAUUUGAAUCUGGAGCCGGGCUCCGGCUCCCACUUCGAGUUCCCGGACUAUUGCACCCCGGAGGUAAGUGAGAUGAUCUCGGGGGACUGGCUCGAGUCCAGCAUUUCCAACCUGGUCUUCACCUACUGAGGAAGAGGAGGAAGAGGAGAAGAAGAAAUGGGAGGGAGGGGGACCAGAGACAAGCAACUUGGCCCAAGCCCCCUCCCCGAAAGCGCUACAACAGACUGGAGACGGUGGUUGGGGGGUGUGUGUUUGUUUGUGUCCCUC